GCCAUCAUGAGCUACAUCAUCCGCCCCUGGGUCACGAGAGACCUUAAGGACAUCAUGCAUCUUAUUAGGGAAUCUGCUGCUUUCCACAAAGCUUUGGACCAGGUGACAACCACCCCAGAAAUUCUAAGAGACGAUGGGUUUGGAAAAGAGGCUACCUUUGGAUGCCUGGUAGCGGAGGUGCCCCCAGAACGAACGAGCAAAAAUGGUCACACAAUUGUUGGGUACCAAUUCCAUUACCUGUCUUACUGCACAUGGGACGGCCCAAUCCUCUUUGGAGAAGAUCUCUACGUAGUACCAGAAUUCAGAGGCAAAGGCAUUGGCACGAGUUUAAUGAAUAAAGUGGCAAAGAUUGCGCUGGAGAAAGGCUGCUCCCAGUUCCGCUUCAUCUCUGCCCAGUGGAACCAGCCAGCUAUGGAUUUCUUCACCAGGUUGGGAGCUGUGAACGUCACCACCCAGGACCACUGGCACCUGUGCCACAUCGACGGGGAACAUGUUCGAAAGUUGGCAGAGCAGUCAAGAAAAUAGGAGCCAAGAUGUCGUGGAGAACCUCCUUGGCCUGGGGAAUCCAGGAAUCCUGUCUUUUACUGACCCUGGCUGCAAGCCCCUGUGCCCCAUAGCCCAUCCCUGCAAAGCUUGAGGUCCCACAUGAGAGACCAGACUGUUGCCCUCCAAAUAUUUUGGGCCACAACUCACAUUGGAGCAUGGCUGUGCUGACAGGGGCUGAUCAGAGUUGUGCUAUAAAGCAUUCAGAGGGCACCAGAAGGCUGUACUAGGCCCUGGACCCCAUUUCAAGAACCCCAGAGUCCUGCUUCCUUAGCCUUUCUCCCCCAAUCCUGCCUUUUAAAUUGAAUGCUGCACUCUCUUGGAGAACCCAAAUGUGUGUCCUGGUACCUAAUCCCCCUCACCCCGUCCAAGCAAGGAAUUCACAAGUCCUGGAUCUGACCCCUGACCCCCUCCUCAAUAAUUCUGUAAUUCCCCCACAUGUGGCUUUCGAAAUUGUCUUGUCCCCCUCUGACCUUUCUAGUACAACUUUGAUGCACUGGUGUUGUUUUUUUUGGGGGGGGGGGGAGAUCUCCCUUCUCCUUCUAGGAUAGCCCAAAAUAAAUGU